UCAGCGAUCCAGAAAAUGCUGGCAGUGUUCGACAAGUCGGUCGCCAAAAGCCCCGAGGCGCUGCAGAGCCCUCAGUCCGGAUCAGCCUCCGCCCUGAAAGAUGGGUUUCUGGCGCGGCAGUUUGCCUCUGUGCACCCUUCCUCCGUCACCGUCAAUCUUGGCUCUUCUGGUGUAAUCGCCUACUCUCUCGACAAACAGAACCCUCUUCUUCCAAGGUUGUUUGCGGUUGUGGACGACAUUUUCUGCCUGUUCCAAGGCCACAUUGAGAACGUUGCUCUUCUUAAGCAACAAUAUGGAUUGAACAAAACAGCCAAUGAGGUGAUCAUUGUGAUUGAAGCUUUCAGGACUCUGAGAGACCGGGGUCCCUAUCCUGCUGACCAGGUUGUGAGAGAUAUCCAAGGGAAGUUUGCAUUUGUUCUCUUUGACAGUGCUUCCAAAGCCGCUUUUGUAGCUGCUGAUACUGAUGGGAAUGUUCCGUUCUUCUGGGGAACUGAUUCUGAAGGCCAUCUUGUUCUUGCAGAUGAUUCAGAAGUUGUGAAAAAGGGCUGCGGAAAUUCCUUUGCACCAUUUCCUAAAGGUUGUUUCUUCACUUCCUCUGGAGGCUUGAGGAGUUACGAGCAUCCCCACAACGAGUUGAAGGCGGUGCCACGUGUGGAUAGCUCAGGUGAAAUGUGUGGUGCCAAUUUCAAGGUCGAUGCUGAAACUAAGAAGGAAUCGAGUGGCAUCCCAAGAGUCGGGAGUGCUGCCAACUGGUCGACAAAUUAUUAAGGUUCAUAACUAAUUUCGUUGAGAAGGCUUUUGCUAUUAAGUAGGCCUUGGAUUAAUUCUGAUCCGAUUUUUCUCAAUUGUAUUUCCGUAUUCAUGACAUCGUUUGCCUUUAAAUGGCUAGGUGGCUACCAAAGUUUGUAUGGUUAUUGAAAAUUUGAAAGUAAGAGGUGAUUAUGUAAUUGCUUACUGUCAAAAACUUCUGGCAUAGAACAUCAAAUAAUACUGCGUUGGAUACAGACCAAUUUCUGA